CUUGGGCCAUGAAGAUCUGUUAGCCCAUAUCGUUCUACCCACGUGCAAAAAUAUAGGCAGGCAGCAGGCUUGUACGUUGUCUUCUUUCUGCCGCGAAUUAGGGUUUCUCAGUUUUAACAUUGCCAGGAGAGUGUGUAUAGAGAUACGCCAUGGCAAGGAUCAAAGUUCACGAGCUGAGACAGAAAUCCAAGACUGACCUUUUAGCUCAGCUGAAGGACCUGAAAGCAGAGCUUGCUCUUCUACGUGUUGCCAAAGUCACUGGUGGUGCCCCUAACAAGCUCUCAAAGAUAAAGGUAGUGAGGUUGUCGAUAGCACAGGUGUUGACGGUGAUAUCGCAGAAGCAGAAGUCAGCACUGAGGGAAGUAUACAAGAACAAGAAGUACUUGCCUCUUGACCUCCGUCCCAAGAAAACCAGAGCUAUUCGUAGACGUCUUACUAAGCACCAGGCAUCUUUGAAGACAGAAAGAGAGAGGAAGAAAGAAAUGUACUUUCCACUUAGAAAGUAUGCCAUUAAGGUUUGAAUUCAUCCAAUUUAGUCACUGAGAUAUUAGCAACUUCCCCAGCAAAAGGGUGGAUCAAUCCAAACUGAGUUGUUUUACUUCCUAAAACAUUGCAUUAUGAAGUGUAAACUUUUGCUUAUUUUAUUUUCCGGUUUAGUUCCCUUUUUAGAACUCGUAGCUAGAAGUAAUGUCUAUGCACCAAUCGCCCUAAUCUCCGGUUAUAACAUUGCCGUCUUUUUCUUGUGAACGAGUGGUGCAUGGUGUCCAGUUAAUUGAACGAGAAAAGAAAGGCAAACUCUAAUAUUUUGUUAGUUCGUA